AUGGACGAGAUUGCUCCUGAACAGAGGCGGCGCGGUAGCUCUGGGGUUUACAACGCACCAAAUUCUUACACUGAGCUGGGAGAGAUCCUCGCGCAACAGCCGAUCGACGAAGAUGCUGUUAGCGACACCGAAGCUCCAGCGCUGGACCCCGUACAACGACGCGACUCGGGUGUUUACAGCGUUCCUCGAUCGUAUAGCAACCUCGACGAAGUAUCCCCUGUUCCACCGAUCGAGGAGCCUCCAGAGGAGUCUGAGCAAGAUGUACGAGACCGGCCGAGACGACGCAGUAGCUUUGCCCGUCACGAGGGGCCGAUUUUCGAGCCAGAGCCUAUCCCGGAGGAGGCAAAGGAGAGGAGUGUAUCCAGACUGGCCACCGAGCUAUACACGCACUCGUAUCUAAUAUUCUUUGCGAUUCUUGGAACUUUGGCUCGGUUAGGUCUGACAGCUUUGACGCGGUACCCUGGCACUCCCGUCAUCUUCAACACAAUAUGGGCAAACUUUACAGGAAGCGCAGUUAUGGGAUUCCUAGCUGAAGACCGUAAACUGUUUCGCAACGAAUGGGGCAACGCAACAUACGACGAAGCGAUCAAGCAAGCCAAGCAAAAGCACAAGGACGAAGAAGAUGGGUCUAGUUCAAGUCAACAAAAGGACGUGGAUUUGGCGGCUGCGAAGAAGGCGCAUCUGGCUAUGAAGAAGACGAUACCCCUAUACAUUGGAUUGGCUACGGGGUUUUGUGGGAGUUUUACCACGUUUUCGAGCUUUAUCAAGGACACGUUUCUUGCCUUGUCGAAUGAGAUGGUAACGCCAGGAUGGCCAGAUUCGCCGACAAGUCGUAAUGGGGGCUACUCGUUUAUGGCUAUGCUGUCUGUGAUCAUAGCCACCGUAUCACUCUCACUCUCGGGUUUGUUCCUCGGGGCUCAUAUCGCUAUUGGUCUUGAGCACAUCACGCCAACCAUCCCCUUUACUCUGAGUCGCAGGGUGCUUGAUCCUUUGGGCGUUUUCCUCGGUUGGGGUUGCUGGCUUGGAGCCGUGCUUUUGGCUAUCUUCCCACCACAUGAAUCUUGGCGUGGUCAGGCUCUCUUCUCGCUUGUGUUUGCACCAUUGGGCUGCCUGGUUCGGUUCUAUCUGUCCUUGCACCUCAACGGCAAGAUGGCGACGUUUCCCGUCGGUACAUUCGCCGCCAACGUUCUCGGUACAGUACUGCUUGGUAUGGCAUAUGAUCUCGCUCAUGUGCCCCUGGGCGGCGUCGUGGGUUGCCAGGUGCUGCAGGGGAUCGAAGAUGGUUUCUGCGGCUGUCUGACGACGAUAUCGACUUGGGUUACUGAGCUUGGAAGUUUGCGACGGAGGAGUUCCUGGAUAUACGGAACGACAAGUGUUGUUGUGUCGCUUGUGCUGAUGAUUGCCAUUAUGGGGGGUCUACGGUGGAGUGACGGGUAUAGUAAACUGCUCCUUUGGAAGAUGCUCAAGCAUCCUACGAAGUAUCAUACUGGGAGCUUCCAGUCGAAAAGCCUGCAGAGCUCACGAUGCCGUGUGGACAGGCUUACAGGCCAGGGACCCCGAAACACUUCGAAGACCUCCCUCUCGUCGAACCAAUCUGCUAUAGACAGAAUGAAGAAGGAGAAGCCUGCGGGCUGUAUGCCAAAAUCGGAUGCCCAGGUUGUCACCUUAUUGCUGUAUACAUAUCCAGAAGGUUGCCCUAGGGCCGAUCGUAGAUGCUUUCCAGAAAGCCAUGAGAGCCUACCUACAUUACGGCGUCAAGUCAAUGCCAAUUCGGUUUCCUCGAGGGAACUGCUCAAUUGUAACCGCAGGGUCGUCCUCGCCAUGUAUCCAAGCCAGGCCGGCGUCAACGCUUCUGCGUUUGACGCCCGCUACGAACCGCAAGCGACCGACGACUCAUCGUGGGACCGCGACGGGCCCAAGUUUCCUUCCUCGCGGCAGAAGAGGGCCAAUUACCGACCCACGGCUCUCCGGUGGUACUUUAUCGCCGGGCUCAUAAUCUGCAUCAUGGCCGUCAUGGGUCUUGUUGUCUGGGCGGAGCUCCAGAUGCCCAACUCGGAAGAGACUGCGACGAUUAUAGACAAGAGAGACCAGAUUGAGGAGAGACAAGAGGUUACUGGUGGACAGAGGGUUUCUACUACGCUUAUCGUGAGCGAGUUUACAAAGUUGGUUACUGUGCCUGGCACGACGGGCAAGUUUACCACCAUGGUUCCGACGACUACGUAUGAGACUUCCUGGAACUAUUCGACGACUGUCAAGGACGGCUCGACUAUUGUCAGCUCCGACGUCACCGUCGUUCCAACAGUGGUUAUCACAGAGUUUGUCGUCACACAGCCUCCCCAAGUGACCGAGAUCAUUGUCACUAGCACCAUCACAGGCGGCACAGUCAUCUACAGCAGUGUCUCUGGCGCGGUUACUCCUCCUCCCGCAUACACCAGCCCCUUUACCAGCAUUGCCACGAUAACCAGCACCCUCACGAUACCCGGUAGUGAAGAUACAUCUUACGGCACUUUCACCUCGGACGAGACUAAGACUGUCGUCACUACGAUUGUUGAGGAUGGUACCACAAGGACUGAAUCGAGUCUCGUCACCCGACCGAUUGUCAGCGCUUUCCCGAGUAUUGGAGAGACGACUGCUGCUCCGAGUGUAUAUGUUUCGUAUGGAAAGAUUACCAUCACGUCUGUUUAUACUCCCAACCAAGAGAAGCCUAACCAGCAAGAGAAGCCAACGGCAAAGCCCCAGCCAACUGAAAAGGUCAUCAACGUUGUUACCGUGGAUCCUGACCGAACUGUGAAGAAGGUUGAAAAGGUAGGCCCGGUAACCUAUGUCACCAAGGUUCAGGAGAACGACGUCGAAACCUUGGUCAUCUCGCCGGGCCGCGAGACUGUCGUCAGCAAGUUCGAUGCUGUUGAAACCACCACCACUAUAGAUGUGGUUUCAACUGGUGCUGAUGGGCUGCUUACGACUGGAAAAGUUGUAACAACGAAGAGUGCCUCGCUGGCUACGAUUGUCAAGUCCGCCGAUCCUUUCAAGCCCACGACAAUUCUCAUCACAAAGGGCACUGGCAAAGCCAAGCUCACGACGAUUACCUCGGACCGCAAGGAGUCUUCGACAUAUGUCUCAACCAUCAAAGGAACCACGAGGACGUAUUCGAAAACGACAACUGUUCGUCCAACCGCCACAGAUGAGUCUUCGACGGACGAGGAUGGAGAAAAGGGGGGGACUGUCAAGACGGUCGUGACGGUGUACGAACUCGACGCUGGGAAAUACUUUCUGGGAAAGUUUCUGCCUGCCAUGUUGGCUGUCAUGCUUUCUAUCCCGGCGCGUGUUAUCGACCUCAACGCUCAGCAGUAUCAGCCAUUCUACGCCUUGAACCGGCCGAACGGUGCUAUGGGCCCUCAGUCGAUGAACCUUCACUUCAGCGGCUGGACUGGUUUCUUGCAGCCUUUCAAGGUACUUUCUAAUGGACAUCCGGUGCCAUUCAUCAGCAUGCUCAUCGUCUGGUGUUCUGCGUUAAUGGCGCCUACUGCCGUCGAGGCCAUCGGCUUCAAGAUGCACGGCAAGUGCAAGAUCAACGCGUUUGAGGGAUGUGCCCCAGCUCUGGGAGUGUCUCCACAGCCUACCCACUUGCUUCUAGCUCUCUUGGCGUUUACAAUCGUCCUCCUCUGCUGUCUGCUCUUCUUCCUACGCAACUGGGACACGGGCUUGUACGCAAACCCCUGGAGCGUAGCUGGUAUUGCCUCACUGGCGUCUAACCGAGAAAUUCGACCGAAAAAGGCAUCAGAGAACAAAAUUGCAAAGGAAAUGGCAGAGAAGCGAUAUGGAUUUGGACUUUUCGAGAAUCGAAUGGGUCAGACUGAGUACGGCAUCGUCUUAUACGACGACGCGGGUGAAAAUCUCCACGACGAGGGAACAGUAUCCGACUCCAACUCUCUCGACUCGCACACAGCAGUCGGUGCGAAGAAGCGAAGACGAAAUCCAUUCAUGGUCCUGGGACUUGCCUGGCGUCUUGUGUUUUUGGUGUUUUUGCUGGGCUUGAUGGCUUUUCUGCUCUACUACCAUCUCACACUCGACAAGCCGUUGAAGUCGUUUAGGAAGUUUAUGAACAGCCAGACUUUUGGUGUGAGGUUCUUAUUUGCUACUUUUGGUGUUAUUAUUUCGUUUAGUUGGACGGCAUUCUUUAACAGUAUUGCCAUGAUUAUGCCUUACCAGGUCAUGUCUCGCGGUCCUCAGACUGCGGCAAACUCGGUACUUCUCACUCGUCCGACAAACGGUGUCUCUGGUUUCUGGUCGGCUAUCAAGCACGGACAGCCGUUCCCAGCCAUCGUUGCCAUCAUGAACAUCCUAUCCGAGUUCAUGCCGAUCCUCCUAUCCAACAUCCCCUACUCCCUCUCGCAAGUCAGGAUAGCGCACGACAUCUGCACCCACCUCUCGGUGGGCAUCCUGUCAGCCAUGGCCCUCACUAUUAUCAGCAGCUUUGUGGUUCGCUGGCCAGACAUGCCGGUGGACCCUCGCUCUGUAGCCGGUGCGAUGUACUAUGUUAGUGAGAGUGUCAUGGUGGAUCACUUUAGUGGUAUGGCGAGCAUGGACAACAAGGAGCGUGAGAGGCGUAUCCGGGAACUCGGAGGCACAUACAUGUACGGCGAGUUGACGACGAGGACAGGCGAGAAGAGGCCUGCUGUUGAGUGGGACGACCGCACGCUGGGGAUUAUACCUACGGUACCGCAGCAUCCGAUGGAGGGUGUGCAUAUGAGGGAUGAUACACAUGCGAGGAUGGAGGGUGUUGAUACGGCGUAUCAUGGUUUUCAAGGGGGGGCGGUGCAUACUUGA